AUGGUCAAGCACUUUCUGCGUAGCAUUAAAUUGGCUUCACAUACGAUAAUUGCAGAAAAGGUCAUCAGGAGUGGAAAUUUCCCUGAGAUCCAGUGCCUGCAAUCAACCCAUGGAAAACACCAAGAUUCUGAAUGUGACCAAAUCCUUCCAGAUCAGAUUUCAGUCACAAGAGAAGACGCAGUGCAGUUUGAAACCAGAACUGAUAAAACUAAGGAAAGUAAUGAGAGGUUUAUCAAAAAAACUGAACAAGAAAUUCAUCUGCAAACUAAAGCAGGGGAAACACCAUACAGCUGGCUUAAUCACAGCAACAAUGUAACAUUUUGUAGUAACAACGUAACUGAUCGAGUUAGUCACAGAUGGAAAAAGCAGAAGACCUUGGUACCAAAUGAGCAAGCGCUCAGUGGAAAGAAAUUGCGUAAAUGUGCCACAAAUGACAAGGGUUUUACAGACCAACAAAAUGGAAGAGUAACCAAGAUUAUUCCUACUGGGCAUCAGUCCUUUAAAUGCACCAUGUAUGACAAAAAAUUUACAGAGAAGUCUAACAUGAAAAAACAUCAGUUUCUGCACAGAGAGAAAAAACUAUAUAAAUAUGCCAUAUAUCACAAGAACUCAAUCCCUAAACAUUUGUUAGUGCUUCUGACUAUCAGCAAUAGACAGAAACCAUACAAACGUGCCACACAUGGCAAGAGUUUUACAGAAAAGGCUAGCAUGGGAAAACAUCACAAUAUUCAGAGUGUGAUCUCUCAAGAUAUUAAAAAACCUAAACACCGUGAAGAAAUUAAACAAAGGCAGAAACCCAAUAAAUGUACUACACGUGAUAAAAGAUUUGCAUAUAAAGUCACUCUGUUAAAUCACCAGGGCAUUCACAGAGGGCAGAAGCCAUAUAAAUGUAGUAUGUGUGACAAGAGUUUUAGUGACAAAAGCAAUGUGAGACGUCACCAGAGUAUUCACCUGGAGCAGAAACCAUAUCCGUGCACAAUCUGUGGCAAGAGCUUUGUGCAGAAGAGUCAUUUGGUGACUCACCAGAUGAUCCACAGUGGGAAGAAACCAUACAAAUGUCCACAGUGUGAUGAGAGUUUUCGCUACAAAAGGACGAUGGUGCGUCACCAGAGCACCCACACUGGUGAAAAACCCUAUAAAUGCACCAUGUGUGACAAGAGUUUUAGUGAUAAGAUCACCAUGUUGCGUCAUCAGAACAUCCACACUGGUGAGAAAUCCUAUAAAUGCAGUAUGUGUGACAAGAGCUUUAUGUACAAAGCAUCAUUGUUAAGUCACCAGAGCAUCCACACUGGGCAAAAACCAUUUAAAUGUGCCACAUGUGAUAAGAGUUUUACAGCUAAGAGAUGGCUGAUAAUCCAUCAGAAUGUACAUAUUGGAAAGAAGCCCUACAAAUGCACCAUGUGUGACAAACGUUUUAGUGACAAAAGCUCCAUGACACGUCAUCAGAGUAUUCACACGGGGCAGAAACCAUAUUUGUGCAGAAUCUGUGGCAAGAGCUUUGUGCAGAAGAGUCACUUGGUGACUCACCAGAGUAUCCACAGUGGGAAGAAACCAUACAGAUGCCCAGAAUGUGAUGAGAGUUUUCGCUACAAAAGGACUAUGAUAAGUCAUCAGAGCACCCACACUGGUGAAAAACCCUAUAAAUGCACCAUGUGUGACAAGAGUUUUAGUGAUAAGAUCACCAUGCUGCGUCAUCAGAACAUCCACACUGGUGAGAAAUCCUAUAAAUGCAGUAUGUGUGACAAGAGCUUUAUAUACAGAGCAUCAUUGUUAAGUCACCAGAGCAUCCACACUGGGCAGAAACCAUAUCAAUGCACCAUGUGUGACAAAAGUUUUGGAUACAGAAGUAGUAUGGCGGCUCACCAGAGGAUCCAUACUGGACAAAAACCCUACAAAUGCCCAGUGUGUGACAUGAGUUUUACAAAGAGGAAUCACAUGAUAACACAUAUGUAUAUCCAUGGUGGGCAAAAGCCCUAUAAGUGCACAGUAUGUGACAAGACUUUUACACAGAGGAAUCACAUGACAAGACACAUGUAUACCCAUGGUGGGCAAAAGCCCUAUAAAUGCACAAUGUGUGACAAGAGUUUUACACAGAAAACUCGAAUGAUAACUCAUCAGUGUAUACAUAAUGAGCAGACACCUUAUAAAUGUGUUACAUGUGAGAAGAGUUUUACAGUUAAGAGAAGUCUGAUAGUGCAUCAAAGACUCCACAGACGAUAGUGUAUAAGCACCAUAUGUGGCAAAGGUUUUAUAAGAAAUAAGUCUGACAGUGCAUCAAAGUAUCUGCCGUGGGGAUCCACUAUAUACUACAGAACAAUAACUUUCCUUCCAAUGACAUAUAAACUAUACACUGGAAUUGAUGCCGACAGAGUUUAUAGUCAUUUAGAAGAAAACUCAAUUAUGGCAGUAGAACAAAAGGGCAAUAAAAGAAAGUUCUAUGCAAAAAAGAAUAAUUUGUUGUUAAAGUGAUAGUGGAGAACUGUAAAAGGAGAAGAAUCUAAGUAUGGCAUGGAUUGACUACAAAAAAGUAUUUGACAGUAUCCCAC